GAAGAAGAUCGAGGAAGAUGGAGCAGAGGAAAGGUAAUGGUAAAGUAAAGGGGUCUCUUUUUCCGAAUUCCACCUGCUGAGUCUGAAACUCACUCGGAGGCUUUCGAUCCAAAGAGGAAGAGCAGAAACUAGGUCUGCAGUAUGUGACAAAGGGACCAAACAUAUUCAUAUUACUGCUUCCACUCCAAUCCAAUCUCAGUUUAGUCUUCUUCUUACCCUUUUUAUCUCAUUUUUAUUUUACCAUUUUUUUAUUUUUAUUUGAUCCAUCUGAUUUCCGGGUUGAUUUUGAAUACUUGAUAUUAUCAUCAGCUUCAGUUCAGUAUUCAUUGCGAAUUUAGCUCAUAAUUGUAUGAAUUACGUGUUGUUUGAAGCUGAAUUUCCUCAACUCUGUUUAUAAUGGUUUGAUUUCUACGAAAGAAGAAAUGCAAAUUUAGGUAAAGUGUGAAUCUUUUUCCGGCGGUUUAAGAUUUUAAUUGGUUGCAGGUACUCAAGAUUCAAUGUUCUAAUAGGACUGCCUUUAUUCAAUUUAAUUUGCAGAAGGGCUCCUUGUUGAGGGGAAAUUCCAUGGUUUGUUUUAAAUUUCUAGUUUUGAGCUGAAAUUUUGAGACAUAUUGCUUAAAAUUUCAAUUGAUUUUGAGAUGUGCAGAUGGAUGAUGAGUUGGGAUCGGAUCUUUUAAGUGAUUUGCCUCAAAGCAUUAUAGAAAGCAUCCUGAUCCGAUUACCAAUACGGGAUGCUGUAAGGACUAGUGUUCUGUCAAGUAAGUGGAGGUACAAAUGGGCUACACUUACACAACUUGUAUUUGAUGACAGAUGUGUUACUUUAUCUAAUGACAAAUCAGUAGUUGAGGGCAGUCUUGUAAAGUUUAUUACCCAUGCUCUUUUUCUUCACCAAGGACCGAUUCACAAGUUCUGGCUGUCUUCUAGUUACUUGCAAUGUUGCCCUGAUAUAGACCAAUGGUUGCUCUUCCUUUCGAGGACUGGUAUUAAAGAAUUGGUUCUUGAAUUGGGAGAUGAGGAGUGGUUUAGAGUUCCGUCAUGCCUUUUCAGUUGCAAGAAGUUGACCCAUUUGGAGCUUUUUCGUUGUGAACUUGAUCCACCUCCUAGUUUCAAAGGAUUCUUUUGCUUGAAAAGCCUCAACCUUCACCAGGUCUGUGUUGCCCCUGAGGCUAUCGAAAGUCUUAUUUCUGGUUGCCCCCUUCUUGAGAGUUUGGCAUUGUCAUACUUUGAUAGUUUAGCUCUUACCAUCCGUGCUCCAAACCUCAAGUGUUUGUGUCUGGAAGGUGAAUUUACAGAUAUUUGCCUUGAAAACACUCCCCUUUUAGUUGCUAUUUCGAUUGCUAUGUAUAUGACUGAAGAUGUUGCUGAGCACUGUGAACAAAGUUCUAGUUGCAAUUUCAUCAAGUUUCUUGGUGGUGUACCACAUCUUGAGAGGCUUGAUGGGCAUAUAUACUUCACAAAGGUGAUUACCCAGGGAGACCUCCUGUCACAUACAGUCAUUUAAGGAUAAUAGAAUUAUAUCAAGUGAGUUUUGAAGAUAUGAACGAGAUACUUGUUGUUCUUCGCUUGAUUACAAACUCACCUAAUUUGAAUGAACUUCAAAUUUCGGGUUCCUCGAACACCUUAGCUGCUAUGGAAGCACCUGAUUUA